AUGGGGGGUCUUUCUUUUAAGGAGGCCUAUGAGUAUCACGGCAAUGUGGGUCAAAAUAUAUCUUGGGCAAAAAAUAUCUGGAAUUCUGCUAUUCCUCCAUCCAAAUCCACAAUGAUCUGGAGAACCAUACAUUGCAAGUUACCAACAGAUGAGAACCUUAUAAUGAGAGGAUGCCAAAUUCCUUCUAUGUGCAGCUUAUGUAGCAAGAAUCAAGAAACAAUUUCUCAUCUAUUUUUGGAGUGUACCUUUGCUACAGCUAUAUGGAACUGGCUUGAAUCUAUUAUCAAAGUGCAUUGCAAGUUUUCAUCAAUUCAGGAAGCUAUUCAAAUUUGUCAGAGAAACUGGUCUCCUCUUUGCAAGACGGUGGUUCUUGCAGCUGUGAUCAAUAUUAUAAACAUCGUUUUGUUUUGUAGGAAUCAACAAAGAUUUAACAACAAAAGAAUUACUGUGAGAGCAGCUAUCAAUCUCAUUAUCUCAGCUACAGCUUUAACAGGAAACAACUCAAAUAGCGCUGCUAAUUCAUCCAUCUCUGAUUUUGUGCUUUUAAAUGCAUUCUCAGUCAAAAUCAACUAUGGAAACGCACCCAAAAUCAAGGAAAUCAUAUGGCAACCACCGGUUUUUGAGUGGAUCAAAUGCAACAUUGAUGGAGCAGCUGUAGGAAAUCCGGGACCUGCUUCUUGUGGAGGUAUAUAUAGAGACAAUAAUGGUAAAUUUCUGGGAGCUUUUGCUUAUAAUUUGGGUGUCACAAACUCUCUUAACGCUGAACUGAAUGGAGCAAUGUGCGCUAUUGAAUUAGCAGCUCAAAAAGGUUGGGGUCAUAUUUGGCUGGAAACUUAUUCCACUUUGGUAACAUUAGAUUUCAAGAACAAAAAAAUUGUGCCUUGCCAUCUCAGAAACCGAUGGGAGAACUGCAUUCACUUGAUCACUUCUAUGUCAUUUUUUGUUACACACAUAUAUAGGGAAGGGAACCAUUGUGCUGAUCAACUUGCAAACAUAGGGCUUGCUUUGAAUACAUCAUUUUGGUGGGACAGCUUGCCACAUCAAAUUAGGGAAGCUUAUACUAGAAUAGGUUAG